GUAUGAUUUCUUGGCAACGCGAAGCGGGCUUUUCAACAACUUCCUCUUCGAGAACUGCGUACCUGGCUUCACGCUCCGUAGAGGUUCUACACGACUGGAGAUCCCGUGUCUGACUUGCGGCCGUGGACGAGCUCCUUGUCUGAGUAUUACUUGACCAAGAUGAGCUAUGCUAUUGUGGAGUUCACUGCCUCUAAAGAGGUUGAAAUUGUGCCAACUACUUGGGUCACCGGGAGCGUGUGCGUCUGGCCGCAUAAUGUAAAAGCAGAGAAGGCUGGGAAAAUGGCAAAGAAGCAGCAUCCACCACAGUCAUGGUGGAAGCAGUAUGAAAUUGCUGUGAAAGGUUUGUUCGUUACCUAUGAACAUGCCCGGAAAAAGCUAAAUGACAGUCAGUUCCAUUCAGACCUGGCCAGUGAAACUGAAAUGCCUCCAUUGAAGAGGCGUAGACGGCCACCAGCAGUCUGGAGUGACUCUGACGGUGAAGAGGAGGAGGAAGACUCUGCCACAAGCCAGCCAGGACUGCCACCUAUCCCAAAUAAUUUUCCAUCUGGAAUAACCUCGAGUGAAGCAACAAGUAUGCCCACAUUUGGCCAGGGAGACAAAGGCACAGCAGGGACCCAGUUGUCAGAGACAAACUCGCCACAAGGUGAACAGACAGCGCAAGAACGGCCACGAAACUCGCCUCAUGAUUGUUGUGUAGAGAAGAACUUCCAGCGGCAUGUGCUACGACUGCUGAACACGCUUCGCUUCAUGCUGGAACAGCAAGCGGACACCCUGAACAAGUUGUGCGAUAUGCUUCCCACUUCUUCAGUCACCGAAUGCGCAGAGCUCUUAGGCCAUCCGCUAAGCAGUCUUGAAGAACUACAAGAGUUCGACGACAAGCUCGAUGCUGGAAAAUUUAAGAUCCUGGUUCAUGAGUUGGCACAGCUUGGUGGGAAAGAUGCCUACUGGGCAACAAAAAGAAUCUUGUCAUACUGCAUCACAGACGAGGUUGCGGCACAAUUUUCCUGGAUGGGUCGCAAAGGAAAACUGAGCUUCUCCGCCUUGAAGAUUGCUAAAGCCAUAACAGAUACUGACUGA